CGCGACGCGCCGGAGUCCCUCCGGCGGCCGGCGGCCGCGCCGCGCCCCGGCAUGCUGGGCGGCGUCCUCGGGCGCCUGCGGGGCUCCCCUCUGGCCGCUGAUGGCGUCGGCGGCAGCGCGCCUGGCGAGGAGCCGGGCAGUCCCAGCAGUGGGCCGUGGGUGCCGUUCGCCCAGCGGGAAGACCUGACGGUGCGCCUCCGCAACAUCCUUGAGGAGUACGCCUUCGGCCCCGGCGUGUUCCGGGAGCUUGUGCAGAACGCGGACGACGCCGGCGCGCGGCGGCUGGUCCUGGUGCUCGACGGGGCCACGCACCCGGGGGGCCCUGGCCUCGUGGACGCGCGCCUGGGGCAGUGGCAGGGCCCGGCGGUGUGUGCCUUCAACGACGCCGAGUUCGCCGACAGCGAUUUCGAGGGCAUCUGCAGCGUCGGGGCGUCGGUGAAGCGGGGAGACCACACCAAGAUUGGCCACUACGGCCUCGGAUUCAACGCCACCUACCACCUCUCGGACGUCAUCUCCUUCGUGUCACGCGACAGGCUCUGCAUCUUCGACCCGCACCGGCGGCACCUGCCCAGCGGCCUGUCUGGGCUCCAGCUGCGGCUCGGAGAGGACGAGAUGCGGCGCUACCACGCCCAGCUCGCGCCCUUCGCUGCCGUCGCCGCGGACUGACUGCGGGGCCGAUCGCGUGGCCCCGCUGCGCGGCGCGCUGUUCCGGUUCCCGCUGCGGACCCGCGAGCUCGCCGAGCGCUCCGAGAUCUGCGGCGCGUGUCACACCGUCGAGGGGGUCCUGGGCGUGCUGACGGACCUGCUGCGCGGCGCCCACGACUGCUGCUCUUCCUGCAGUCCCUCGAGUCCGUGGAGGUGCUGCUGCGGCCCUGCGGGGGCGGCGAGACGCGCCGCCUGGGCGGCGCGUCGCUUCGCGCCGCCUCGGAGGCCGCGGGGGCCAGGCUUCGGCAGGAGCGGCGGCUGCUGCCGCAGGCCUCGGGCGGGCAGCGCGGGCCGCGCCGCGCGGGGUACGCGUUCGCUGUGGACAGCGACGUCCCCGCGGCGGACGGCGGCUCCGCCGCUGGCGGAGUCGUCAGGGAGUCGUCCGCGUGGCUCGUGGCCGCGCGCUCCGAGCCCGCGGCCGCCGCGCGGGCGGGGGGCGCGGAGGCACCCGAACACCGCUGCGGCGCGGUGGCCCUGCGGCUGUGGCCGCCGGCGGCGGAGAAGCCGCUGGAAGGUCGUGCCUUCUGCUUUCUCCCCCUAUCGCUGUCCACUGGGCUGCCGGCGCACGCGUCCGCCAACUUCGCCAUCUCCACCAAUAGGCGCGACCUGUGGCGGAGGAGCGACGACAAGGAGUCCAGCCACGGCACGCUGCGAGCCGCGUGGAACGAAGAGCUGCUGACCGGCACGCUGCCGCGAGCGUACGCCGACGCGCUCGAGCUGCGGGCCGCCGGACUGGCGCCGCCGGCCAGUGGCAGCGCGCCCUUUGAGGCCGUGGACCUCCUGCCAGCGGGCCCCUGGAGCGAGACUGUGAGAGGCCCGUGCGCGCCGGAGGCGCUGUGGGGCCUGUGGCCCGCCGCCGCGGAGGGGUUGUUCGGCCCCCUCCCACGCCAGGCGACUGAGGAGCUCUUCAGCCGGCAGGCUGCGGUCUUCUGGGACGCAGGGCACGAGCAGUACCGCCCCCCCAAGCGGGCCCUCCUCUGCGCGGACGACGAGUACGCCAGGCUGGACUCCGGGAUGUGCUCCGCCCUCGCCAAGCUGCGGGUCGCAGGCAGCCGCCGCGGCGUCGUCGAGGUGCCAGCGAGGCUGCGCGCCCUGCUCGCGGAGGUCAAGGGCUCCUCGUGGCUGGGCCCGCAGCCGCUGGCCCAGGCGCUCAGGAGCUCGGCGCCGGAGCUCACGGCCUCGGAGGCGGACUCGCUGAACGCGUACCUGCUGGGGCCCUCGGGGACGGGCCCCCUGACGGUGCUCCACGGGCUGCGCCUGUGCCCCCUGGCCCGCGGGGGGCUCGCCCUCUUCCAGAGGCCGGGCGCGGCGGCGGACAUCUGGUGGGCCGAGGACUCCGAGCUGCAGGAGCUGCUGCCGCACCGCAGCUUCAUCGACAGCUCGUCCGCCACGUUCCGCCUCCUGCGCCCCCGCGCCGCGAACGCGCCGCUCAACCUGCGCCUGCUGAACGCGCGGGCGCUGCCGCUGCUGCUGCCGGCGGUGCUCCCUCCUCACUGGCGCGGCAAGCCAUGCGUCACCGCCCGUGGCGACGAGGUGCUGGUCGACGGCACCCCCUCGCGCCUCCUCGCCGCGGCUGCCGCCGGCGCUGGGCAGGCCGGGGCGCCGCGUGGCGGCGCCAGGCAGGCGGGGCGGCAGAGAGGAGGCGGUGCUUCGCGGGCGCCAGCCAUGGCGAAGGGCGGCGCGAAGGGCGGCGGCCGGAGGGGCCCCAACCUCGGCGGCAGCCGCCACAGAGGGAAGCGGCGCGGGGGCGCGGGGGGGCUGGACGACUACGACGCCGACGACUGGCGUGAGGAGGAGUGGCGGGAUGAGGACGAGGAUGAGGAGGAGGAGGAAGAGGAGACGGAGCAUGAGGAGGCAGAGAGCAUCAGCCAAGUGGCUGACCAGCACGGGCCAGCCGCGGAGGUGGCGGAGGAGGCGUGCGUGUGCCACACCGCGGCGGAGCUCCGCGGGGUCGUGCGCCGCUGCGAGCUGCUCUGGCGCGUGGUGGAGAACGCUCACGAGAAGGGCGCGAACCCGCUGCAGGUGGUCAGCGACUUCCCCUGCGUGCCCCUGGUGGGCGCCCCGGACGGUGCAGAGGAGGCGCCCUGCCUGGUGAGCGUUCACGAGGCCGUGCGGCGCCGCGCGCUGUCGGCGGAGGACUUCCCGCAGGCCGACAGGGAGACCCUGCAGCGCUGCGGGGUGCUCAUCGCCCGCCCCGGCAAGAGGCUGCGGGCUGCGCUGUCCCUGGAGAAGUCCUCCACCCUGGCGGCGCUCCGGGUGGCCUUCGCGGACCGUUGGCAGGCGGAGCAGAGGCACCCCGCCGAGGGGCCCGCGCCCUGCAGGCUCCACCGCGGGCUGCAGCCGCUGCGCGUGCCCGUGGGCCAGUCCCGGCCGCUGCUGGCACUGGUCUCCAGGUUCGUGGAGAAGGGCCUGGUGCCCAGGGACCCCUCGCUGCUGCAGGCGCUGCCGCUCUACGAGACCCGUGGCGGCCGCUUCGCGGUGCCCCUGGUGCCAGCGGGCGCGUGCGUCGUUGCCCCCAGCGAGGACUGGGACGAGGUCCUCGAGCCCGACUUCGCGGACUACCUCGUCUCCUGGGACGGGGAGGCGGGCCUCGCGCUCCAGGCGCUGGCGGACCGCGAGCGCGGCUCGGCAUUCCUAGGUGCCGUGCUACGUACGCUGGGGUAUGGUCUGUGCCCGGCGGUGCCAGCACACGUGCCGUGCUAUGCUCGCGCGCACCUUCGCACCUUGCAGCGCACGCCGGGCAUUAGCAUGCUCAUCCGUGAGCUGGAGCGUGCGCAAAAGCAGAGGCAUGCCACGCUUGUGCCUAACACGCUGUGCAACGCACGCUGGGGCGCCGUUGUGCCCGGCUGUGCGCCUGUGUGCGCAGGUGCGCAGAGGGAGGCCGCGCACCGAGCCGCAGUGCGGCUCUGUGUGGCCAGGCUGCGAAGGUUUCUUGUGGCCGAGCCCCCGCUGUAA